AUGAGUACUGUGACUAAGAUUUUUGCCAGAUACGUUUACGACUCCAGAGGAAACCCAACUGUGGAGGUGGACUUGACCACCGAUAAGGGACUUUUCCGUUCGAUUGUUCCUUCUGGAGCCAGUACUGGUGUCCACGAGGCCUUGGAAUUGAGAGAUGGUGACAAGUCCAAGUGGCUUGGUAAGGGUGUUUUGAAGGCUGUUGCCAAUGUCAACGACAUCAUUGCACCUGCUGUCGUUAAGGCCAAGGUUUCUGUUUUGGACCAGGAGAAAUUCGACGAGUUCUUGCUUUCGCUGGACGGAACCAAAAACAAGGGCAAAUUGGGAGCCAAUGCCAUUCUCGGAGUGUCUCUUUCUGCUGCCAAGGCCGCCGCUGCCUACAAGGGUGUUCCAUUGUACCAACACAUCAGCGACAUCUCCAAGACUCCACAGCCAUUUGUGUUGCCUGUUCCUUUCCAAAACGUUUUGAACGGAGGUUCGCACGCCGGUGGCUCCUUGGCUUUCCAAGAGUUCAUGAUUGUUCCAACCGGUGCUCCUUCCUUCUCCGAGGGUCUCAGAAUUGGUUCUGAAGUUUACCACCACCUCAAGUCCUUGGCCAAGAAGAAGUACGGCCAAAGUGCCGGUAACGUCGGUGACGAGGGAGGUGUUGCUCCAAACCUCUCCACUCCACAAGAGGCCCUGGACCUCAUUGUCGACGCCAUUGAGGCUGCUGGCUACACCGGCAAGAUCGGCAUUGCCCUGGACUCGGCCUCCUCCGAGUUCUACCACGACGGAAAGUACGACUUGGACUUCAAGAACCCAGACUCGGAUCCUUCCAAGUGGCUCACCGGUGAGCAAUUGGCCGACCUGUACGUCCAAUUGAUCAAGGACUACCCAAUUGUGUCUGUGGAGGACCCAUUCGCCGAGGACGACUGGGAGGCUUGGUCCCACUUCUACACCAAGACCCAGAUCCAGAUUGUUGGAGACGACUUGACCGUGACCAAUCCAGAGAGAAUCAAGGUUGCCAUCGAGAAGAAGGCCGCCAACGCCCUGUUGCUCAAGGUCAACCAGAUCGGUACUCUGACCGAGUCCAUCAAGGCCGCCACCGACUCCUACGCCGCCGGCUGGGGUGUCAUGGUGUCCCACAGAUCUGGUGAGACCGAGGACACCACCAUCGCCGACAUUGCUGUUGGUUUGAGAACCGGCCAGAUCAAGACCGGUGCUCCAGCCAGAUCCGAGAGAUUGGCCAAGUUGAACCAGAUCCUCAGAAUCGAGGAGGAGCUCGGCGACAAGGCCGUCUACGCCGGUGCCGACUUCCACAAGUCUGUCAAGAUUUAA